AUGCAGGAAUCGAUGGAUGUAGGGUACCUGAGCUGGGUGAACGCGCUGUGGGAGGCCAGCUGCGAGUGGGCGCGCGGGCUGCGGCGCGUGGCGCUGUUGUGCUGGCGCCUGCGCUGGCUGCGCGCGCUGGUGCUGCUGGGCGGCGGGGAGGGGGCGGGGGCGCCCGCCGCCGAGCUGCGGCGCCUGCGCGGCGAGGCGCGCGCGGCUCUGCGCCGGCACGCGGCCGCGCAGCCGCUGCCCUUCGCUGACUGGGCGCGCGUGGAGCACGCGCUGGCGGCGGCCGCAGACUCUGCGGAUGCCGCACCCGCGAGCGGCGCGCUGCGGGCCGCCCACCACGCGCUGCGCGCCGCGCUCGCAGACGACGACGUGCCACACCACCACAUUCUCUAUAUCGCCAGAGUGGUGCACGAGGUGGGCGGCGAGGAGGCGGGGCGUGCGGCGCUAGUAUGCGCAGUGCUGCGCCGUGCGCACCAGCUCGACCAGCCCGCGCUGCCCGAAGACUUGGAGCUAGCGCUGCAACGCUGUGAGGAGGAAUGCGAGGCGCUGGAACGGGAGUUUGCGCGCGGUGUAGCGGGGGAGCGUGCGGUGGGUGAGGAGGAGGAGGAGGCGGGGGAGCUGGGCGCGCUGCUGCCGACGCGCGGCGAGUGGGCGGCGGCGCGCGCGCGGCUGGCGCCGGCCCCGCGCCGCGCCGCGCUGCUCAAGCGUCUGCUGGCCGCACCCUACACGGGUGCGGGUGAGCAGGAGGCGGGGGAGCUGGGCGCGCUGCUGCCGGCGCGUGGCGAGUGGUCGGCGGCGCGCGCGCUGCUGGCGCCGGCCCCGCGCCGCGCCGCGCUGCUCAAGCGUCUGCUGGCCGCACCCUACACGGUCAGUGUGUGCGGUGUGUGGAGGGUGAGGGUGAGCAGGAGACGGGGGAGCUGGGCGCGUGGCGAGUGGUCGGCGGCGCGCGUGCUGCUGGCGCCGCGCCGCGCUGCUCAAGCGUCUGCUGGCCGCACCCUACACGGUCAGAGUGUGCGGUGUGUGGAGGGUGAGGGUGAGCAGGAGGGGGGGGAGCUGGGCGCGCUGCUGCCGACGCGCGGCGAGUGGUCGGCGGCGCGUGUGCUGCUGGCGCCGGCCCCGCGCCGCGCCGCGCUGCUCAAGCGUCUGCUGGCCGCACCCUACACGGUCAGUGUGUGCGGUGUGUGGAGGGUGAGGGGUGAGGGUGAGCAGGAGGCGGGGGAGCUGGGCGCGCUGCUGCCGGCGCGUGGCGAGUGGUCGGCGGCGCGCGUGCUGCUGGCGCCGGCCCCGCGCCGCGCCGCGCUGCUCAAGCGUCUGCUGGCCGCACCCUACACGGGCGGCGCGCGCGCGGCGCGUUACUGGGAGCAGGGCGCGGAGGCGCUGGCGCGGUGCGCGCGCAGCACGUCCGUGGCACGCGCGCUCUCCGCCCACGCGCCGCACAACCACUACCUCGCUGUCGCUGGCGCGUGUGCACCCCUGUGGGCAGGCGCGAGGGUGCCUGGGAGUGUGGCGGGUGCUGGGGGCGCGGCGGGGGGUGCGCCGACACCCCGCGGAGGGCUGCCUGCGCUGGCGGCACUGCUGCCGUCGCUGCUGCGCGCGCUGGCCGCUGACUGGGCGCCGCCAGAGAGCGAGGUGCUGGCGCGCGGGGUGCGGCGCGUGCUGGGUGGCACGGGCGGGGUGAGUGGUGGGGCGUGUGGCGCGCUGGGCGCAGCGCUGCGGCUGGAGGUGGAGGCACGCGCGCGCCGACCGCGCCUCACGCAAGCGCUAUACGCCGCGCUCGCGGCCGCACCGCACCACAAGUGGCUGUACGUGCGCGGCGCGGCGUGGUGUGGCGGCGAGGCGGCCGCGCUCGCCGACGCGCUGCUCGACGCGUUGCUGCGCCUGCACGCGCUGCCACACGAGCUGCAGCCACUGCCAACGCCGCCACUGCUGCCACACCAAACGCACCGUGCGGCCCAACACUCCGAUCAGCAGCGAGAACACGACUCUGCACAAGACACCGAGCCGAACCAACAACAGGACCCGGAACAAAAUUAA